ACAGAUAUACGCGGCAGAAUACGCUCGACGAAUACGCCUUGUAUAGCUAGUUCGUCGAAAAACGCCGUGUAUAGUCACAGCCUAAAGAACCUACGUGGGCUACCGCCGUUGGGAUUUAAUUUUUGUAUACAAAAAAAAAAAAAAAUGAAAAUAGAAAACCGAGAACAGGGAACCAAGUCCUGAUUUUAGAGCAUCAAAAAAAAAAAAAGAAAAUCGUCAGUUAGUAUCUUUGUUACUGUUGUAUAAAUAUAUAUUCUCAUAUUCAAUAUACAGUGUAAUAUCAUCGAGGUAUACGCGCCGCCGAGUCGAGGCAAUUCGUUUACGUUAUAGGAGUGGAACAACUAACGGGCAAGCACUUCCGUCGUGUCGAUCGGAAAGACAAUCUCGUCAUCGGCACCGCUGUCUUUUUCACUGUUUCCCCUUACACGCUAUCGUCAUCGGGAGACGUAUUGUCGUAUUCCAGUGCACGUAGCCGUCGAACUAGUGGAACAAAGUGACUGUCGUCAAACGAGUGAGACAAUUUAUUAACAACAUUGUGUCGUUAUCAACAACAGUGUUAUCAAGUGGUAAACAACAACAAUCGAUAGUCGAUACUCGAUACAAAUCCGAUAUAUGCAGUGGUAUUUUUUACACAACAUUUCUAUUUACACAUUCAGUUUGAGUGGCAUAUAUCAUUAGUACUUAUAGAUUAUCUCGAGUCUUCAAUAUGCAUCGCGAAUGUAUCAUGGUCUUGUUAAUAUUAAAUUUGGCGGAAUACAUAGCCAGCUCAAAAAAUACUCCCGUUACAGAUGAUAAAACAAGCUUAGAUUGGUGGCAAACUGCAGUUUUCUACCAAAUCUAUCCAAGAUCAUUUAAAGAUAGCAAUGGUGAUGGCAUAGGAGAUCUUAAAGGGAUUGAAGAAAAAGCAGAACACUUCAAAGACAUAGGAGUAGAUUGUGUCUGGUUAUCCCCUAUUUUCAAAUCGCCUAUGGCUGACUUUGGUUACGAUAUUUCGGAUUACAAUGCGAUUGAUUCCGUAUAUGGCACAAUGGAUGAUUUUGUUUCAUUACACAAAAAGUUGAAGUCAUUGGGCAUUAAAAUUAUUUUGGACUUCGUACCUAACCAUUCAAGUGAUGAACACGAAUGGUUUGAAAAAUCUGUAAAAAAAAUUCAUCCAUACACAGAUUAUUAUGUGUGGAGAGAUGCUAAAUAUGAUACAAAUAACUCGAGAAUACCACCAAAUAAUUGGCAAAGCUUAUUCAGUAAUUCAGCAUGGACAUGGAAUGAGCAACGUGGACAGUAUUAUUUACAUCAAUUUGAUCCUAAACAACCAGAUUUAAAUUACAGAAGUAAAGAAUUGGUUAAAGAAAUGAAAAACAAUUUAAGGUUUUGGUUAGAUCUUGGUAUAGAUGGGUACAGAGUAGAUGCUGUACCGUUUUUAUUUGAGAAUCUGCAAUUUUUAGAUGAGAUCAGGAAACCAGAAGAGCUUGCUAAAAAGGAAAAAAAUACUUAUGAACAAUAUUAUCAUGACAACACAAUGGAUUUACCUGAAACAUAUGAAAUGAUUAGUCAGUUUAGGGACGUGAUAGAAGAAUAUAAGCUGAGAGAUGGAAAAACCAGAGUUAUGAUAACUGAAGCAUACACUACUCUUGAAAACACUAUGAGAUACUAUGGUAAUGAGACCACUUUAGGAGCACAUAUGCCAUUUAACUUUGGAUUAAUUGAAAAAUUAAAUGAUCAUUCAAACGCUACUCAAUUCAACACUGCGGUAAAUAAUUGGUUGGACAACAUGCCUGAUGGGAAAUGUGCGAACUGGGUGAUCGGAAACCACGAUCAGCCGCGCGUCGCCACGCGGUUCGGCAGCGAAAUGGUGGACGCCAUGAACAUGUUGAACAUGUUGUUGCCCGGCGCCGCGUUCACGUACAUGGGCGAGGAGAUUGGCAUGUUGGAUACGGCCGUCCGCUGGGAUCAGACGGUGGAUCCAAGGGGCCUAAACGCGGGGCUCGACGGUUUCCGGAUAUUAAGCAGGGAUCCGGCCAGGUCGCCGUACCAGUGGAACGCCAGCGUUAACGCCGGGUUCACGGUGGCUUCGUCGAGACCGUGGCUUCCGGUGAACCCUAACUAUUGGAAGCUGAACCUGGACGCGCAACGGAAACAACACUGUAGCCACUACACCGUUUACAAACGGCUGACCAGGCUCCGGAAGACCCAGACGAUACAGCGCGGUUCGUUUGAAGCCAACGUGCUGUCCGAGUGGGUGUACGCGUUCACCAGGUCUUUGCCAUCAGAAGAAACUUAUCUGGUGGUAAUGAACGUGGGUUCGGAGGAUGAGUUUGUCAACUUGAGUGAUUGGCCAAUUGCGGUCAAAGAAGAAACAUGGCUGGUACACACGCCAAGUCUCAAUUCACAAUUCUCAAUAGGGUGAGUAGUAAAUACACACUUGAAUUUCUAU